CAAACCUCACCACCCCUGUCCAAGGGAGAACAGUCCAUCCACAACACACACGCACAAACACACAAACGCACACCCCUAAUGGCCGUCUGGCAGAGCGGCCGCUGCUGGCAACGAGUUGUGUGUGUGUGUGUGUGUGUGUGUGUGUGUCUAUUAGGCGUCUGAUAAAGGACAGCGCAGCGGCCGUCCCGCCUCAUCAGAUGGUUUUGUUCUGAUCUCUGUCUGAGGAUCGGCUGGAUGGGCUCCUCUGGAUCAUCAGGCUGGGGAGGAGAACAACCGCGCUGGGGAAGGAGGGCACCUGCUUCUUUUCUUUGUUUUGGACUUUUGACUUUUACUCCGAAACGAGUUUGUUUUGCGAAUGAGUUCACAGGAGGCGAAGAACCUUAGAUGUUUGAGUUUGUUGUGACGUGGUAUAAAGUGUGUACAUAUUAGAAUAUAUAUGUGUAUAUAAGAGCGAGAAAGUGUGUGUGUGUGUGUGUGUGUAUGUUGUUGCUGCCCGAGCCAUUGGAAAUGCUGGGGUGUCCAGCGAGGUUAUUUUUGGAUCAGUGACAGCGUGUCAAUGGCUGCAGAUGCGUCGCAAAGAAAGGCGCUGAGAUACCAACAGACCCUGCUGUACGGUGAGUACAGGGAGCAGCUGGGAAACUUUGCCAGGCGGGAAGCUGCCCGUCUGCUGACAGAGAGACAAUGGAGGAGACAGGCGGGCAACAACUCCAGCGGCCGAACGGGACACGGCCGGCGGCAUCAUCAUCAUCAGCACCCCGUGUCCCUGGAGUCGUAUCACAGCCAAGCCUCGUCCAGCAAGAAGCCUCGCCCCUACUCCAAAUGCCAAGACUGUUUUGCUCGUGCGCGUCGGUACAUAGUGACCAAGAUGGGGGAGGACUGGAUAUUUCUGGUUCUUCUGGGACUCACUAUGGCUCUGGUCAGCUGGAGUAUGGACUACGCCAGCGCCAAGAGCCUGCAAGCCUAUAAGUGGAUGCAUGGGGAGCUGAAAGGCAACGUGCUCCUCCAGUACUUGGCCUGGGUUACUUAUCCCAUGAUCCUCGUCAUGUUCGCCUCGCUCUUUUGUCACCUGGUUUCCCCGCAGGCCAUCGGUUCGGGCAUUCCUGAACUGAAAACCAUCCUGAGAGGUGUGGUGCUGAAGGAGUAUCUGACCCUUAAAGCCUUCGUAGCUAAAGUUGUCGGGUUGACCGCUGGCUUGGGCAGCGGGAUGCCAGUGGGCAAAGAGGGUCCAUUCGUCCACAUCGCCAGUAUCUGUGCCGCAGUGCUGAGUCAAUUCAUUUCCAUCUUUUCCGGAGCCUAUGAGAACCCUUAUGGUUACACAGACAUUCUGACUGUUGGCUGUGCCGUGGGGGUGGGAUGCUGUUUCGGCACUCCGCUUGGAGGGGUGUUGUUCAGUAUUGAGGUCACGUCUACCUACUUUGCGGUGAGGAAUUACUGGCGGGGAUAUUUUGCCGCCACGUUCAGCGCCUUCAUAUUCAGGGUGCUCUCUGUUUGGAACAAGGAUGCCGUCACAAUCACAGCUCUCUUCAAAACUAACUUCCGGAUGGAUUUCCCCUUCGACCUGCAGGAGCUGCCUGCAUUUGCAAUAAUAGGGAUCUCUUGUGGCUUCCUGGGAGCGUUCUUCGUCUAUCUGAACAGACAGGUGGUUCUCUUCAUGAGGAGGCCGACGGCACUCACACGCUUCCUAACCAAACAUCGAUUGAUCUAUCCAGGUGCAGUGACGCUGAUCAUCGCCACCUUGACGUUUCCACCAGGAUUUGGGCAGUUCAUGGCUGGGGAGCUGAUGCCCAGAGAGUGUAUCAACUCCCUCUUUGAUAAUUUCACCUGGACCAAAAUCUCGGGAUUAUCUGCUCCGCCCGGCCUGGGUCGCUCCUCUGCAUGGCUUCAUCCUCAUGUCAGCGUUUUUGUCAUCCUUCUACUCUUCUGCGUCAUGAAGUUCUGGAUGUCAGCACUUUCCACCACAAUGCCCAUCCCAUCUGGUGCCUUUAUGCCAGUGUUCAUACUAGGAGCUGCUUUCGGCCGCCUCGUGGGGGAGAUCAUGGCCACUCUUUUCCCAAAUGGGAUCCUGUUUGAUGGGAUAGUCUACCGCAUCCUGCCGGGGGGAUACGCCGUCAUUGGCGCGGCGGCAAUGACGGGAGCCGUCACGCACACGGUUUCCACUGCGGUAAUCUGCUUUGAGCUGACCGGUCAGAUCUCGCACAUCCUGCCGAUGAUGGUGGCUGUCAUCCUAGCGAACAUGGUGGCCCAGGGUCUGCAGCCUUCUCUCUACGACUCCAUCAUCCAGGUGAAGAAGCUGCCUUACCUACCUGAACUGGCCCUCGGGCACAUCAGCAAGUAUAACAUCUUUGUGGAGGACAUCAUGGUGCGCAAGGUUAAGUUCCUGUCUUCUCAAUCCACCUAUCGGGAACUGAACCAUCUGCUAGAGACCGCAAGCCUGAAAACCAUCCCCCUAGUGGACUCCAAAGAAUCCAUGAUUCUCCUGGGCUCCAUCGAGAGGACGGAGCUUCAAGCCGUCUUUGACUGGUGGCUCUCACCCGAGAGGCGAGUCUACGAAAGGGGUCCGAGCUCACCGGGCCAGGGCUCCAAAGUCAGCUGGGAGUCCUUCGCCUUUGUAGACGAGGACGGCGCAGACGAGAGUGCAGACAAGCAGACCGCGCCAGUACAGGAAGAAUCUAACGGGCCGAUCCCAUCUCCCGGACCCCAGGAGCCCUCAACCAACCACAGGGGUUCAGACAAGCGCAAGCUCCCAUCUGUCAGGUUGACCCUGCAGAGACUCUUCUCCACCACAUCUCUGUCGGGCCAGACUGAGGCUCAGGAGGCCACGCCGCCUCCGCUGACCGACACCAUGUCCCCAGAGGAGAUCAAAGCCUGGGAAGAGGAGGAGCUGGAUAAACCCAUUGAUAUGGAGCAGAUACGCAUCGACCCCUCCCCGUUUCAGCUGGUGGAAAGGACUUCUCUGCACAAGACCCACACUCUGUUCUCUCUGCUGGGUCUCAGUCAUGCCUAUGUCACUAGUAUUGGAAAGCUGGUGGGCGUCGUAGCACUAAAAGAGCUGCAGAAAGCUAUAGAGGGCUCAACCCGCAGCGGGGUGAGGCUUCGUCCCCCUCUGGCCAGCUUCAGAGGCACCAGCCGGAAAACCAAGAAGCACCAACCUCCCUCAUCCACCCCUUCCUCCCCCACACGGGACAAAGACCUGUGGGGGGAGGGCAGCAGGGUGGAGGGGGAGCUGGUGCGGAUGGAGUCCAAGGAGGAUUCCAGGGGAAAGGCGUCGUCUUCAAAGGGAGCUCCCGGGGGUGACGCGGCUCUCUCCUCCCCCAGCAGUGGAGAAGCUGACGGUGUUUCACAGGAGCCGGCGUCCCCGUCUACCUCCUCCCCCGCCCCGCCUCCACCUCCCGCCCCCCCUGUGUCGCCACCCAGCCCCGUCCUCACACUCUCCUCCCCGCAGGUGGACAGGGAGAGCGAGGAGUCAGAUGAGCCCUUAUAGACUGUGUUUAAGAGAGAGUACUCUCAUUUCACCCCCAGAGACGGAGCUUCUGUCUGGGUGGAGGAGUCGGACGGACACUCAGACAUUCAGCUCGCAGAGAGCCGGACGAGCUAAUGCACGUAACCCUCCUACAACCUGUAGUCCAGGAUUCUUUUUCUACUCCUAUGAUUUCCCUUUCAAAGUCUCUGGGGCCGCCCUGGUUGUUUUGAAGUGCGGACGAACAAACUUGUUUAGUCACACGUAUACCACGAAUGUCAAUCCAUAUUUUGGAAAUGUAGAAUGUAGCUCUGUCAUAAAUGAAGUGUCUGUUCAUUUCAUUCAGAGCCUUUAAUCAAACAUUAUCUGACAGCAAUGAAUUGUAUGAUCAUUUAUAUAUUGAUAAAUACUUAAUUAAUUUGACCAAGAGGUCAAAGACUUUUAAAGUUACUGAAAUUUAAAUUAUAACUUACAUUUCUGUAAUAUUAAUGGUAAAUUUUCAAAUAAUUAUUAUGAAUCUGUAAUUUUCAAAGAUAAUAAAUGUUAAAGUUGUCUACUAACUUAUUUUAAUCAUGUACAUUAAUAAAAAUGUCCAUUAGUAGAAAAACA